GCAAUUAUAUUUGUAGUAUUGUAAUAAUAAAAAUAAUAAUGUAUUUCAUUAUAUUUAUUAUUAUAUGCUUAACAUUUUGUACAACAACACACCAUUGUUGUACAAUCGACUGUACCGAGGAUGGCAACUAUGAGCACCCGGAUGACAAACACUCCUAUAUUAUGUGCUACAAUAACAGGGCAGUCCUACAGCGUUGUCAUCUAUCCAGGGAUAACGUAUCGCUGACAGUGUUCAACACUGAUCGUCGCCAAUGUAUCGAACCGUUUAAAUGUCCGCAAAGUUCUGGCCAAUACAGACACUAUUUCAGUGACGCCUAUUACUACCGGUGCCAUAAUUGGCUACCAGUUUUGCACCACUGUCCCGCUGAUCAUAUCUACGACGGUGUCGACCGAUGUGUACCCUAUUUCCAGUGUCCAGAACUCGGAGGCAACUAUCUGUUUCCUGGUAAACCUGACCAAUAUUUUGAAUGCUGCUACGGACGGGCCACUCGGCGCCAGUGUCCAUCGGGUGAGCUGUUUGAUGGUAAACAAUGUGAACCCGGUUAUAAGUGUCCGCAUCCGAUGGGCCGCUAUCCACAUCCCGUCUAUAAGAACCAGUACUACGAAUGCAAGUAUUGGGAAUCCAAAUUACAUACCUGUUCAGAGGGUACGGUAUUCGAUGGUAAGUAUGCCUGCAUUGUUGGCACACAUCAGCGCACAGGCAGCUCAUCGGGACGUUCAGCCAGCUAUACUGCUAGCCAACGACGCCACUAUACUACUAGCCAACGACGCCACUAUACUACUAACCAACGGCGCCACAAUACAGUGGUCAGGACUGUACGAACUGAGCGGGUGCCACAAUCACCAGCAGCUGCAUCGGCAUCAUCAUCGCAUACUGAAUUUCAAUGUCCGCGAUCGUGGGGCAACUAUCCGUGUCCGUAUGACUCGACCCAGUACUACCAGUGCCAGUAUAAUCGACCGAAUUUGCGUAGUUGUCCGCGACGACAAGUAUUCGACGGCUCCCGAUGUUCGGAUACGUUUGUCUGUCCGCGACUGGACGGCUGGUUUAGGCAUCCGACCCGAGAGAACCAAUACUACCAGUGCGUCAAUGGGCAGCCGUGUCGGCAUGACUGUCCACCGGGAGAAGUUUUUGAUGGUCAUCGCGGUUGUCGCCGACCUUACAUACCACCGACAAUCGAGUUUCGGUGUCCAAAAAGCGAGGGACUGUUUCCGAGUACGACCAGUAAUACCCAAUUCUAUCAGUGUAUCAAUAUGGUUGCAACACUGCAUACCUGUCCUCAUAAUACUUAUUUCAAUGGCUACUCGUGUGUCUGCUAUCCAAGCAAAGAAAGGCCAUACUGUGGGGAAAAUCAUCCACCCAGGACACCGCCGCCGGAUGUGCCGAUCAAAGGUCGCGGUUGGGAUCGACGGGUAUUUGAACAAAACGGUAUGCGAAUUGUUGACCAAUGGGAUUCAGUUAGUGAACAAUGGCGCCGAACAUACGAACCGUUGACCGGCGGUAGUAGUAGUAGUAGUAGUAGUAGUGGAUUCAGCUAUACUAACGGUGGAUUGGCUGCUUUGCCGGGAUUGUCGCAUUCUAGUGGUUUAGCCGGCCCUCCAGGAUAUGCCCGACCCAUAAUGACAGUGCCGGCACAGCGCGAAAAAGGAGAGUCCGGUCUCGACAUCAACGACGUCAACACUGGCGAUAAUAGUCGUUCGUCAUCGUCAGCCGAGUCUGAAGAAGACAGUCGUGUCGUCGGUGGUGAUAAUGAUGAUGAUGAUGAUGACGAUGAAGACGAUGUCGACAAAAAAGACGAUGACUAUAAUGAUGACGAGGACAGUCGUGAUGGUGGUAGCGAUGGCGAUGGCAAUGAUAUAAAUCCAGUAUAAAUUUAUGGAUAAUAUAAAAUUUGUUUUUAAAAAAACAAUUUAAUUAUAAUUGAUUGCUAAUUAAUAUUCAAUAUUAUUAUUAAUUAUUAGAUUUUAUUAUUAAU